CAAAUAUCUUUUUGCCGCGAAUUAAAAUGUUUGAUCAUUGAACGUCGUCAAGCUCUACUUUAAUGCGGUCUGUCUGAUAAUGUGUAUUUGUUAUUUGAAUUUUCAGAAAUGCACGGAGCAAAAAAUGGGCAACCCAAUGACUACUAGAUCUACGGACAGCCAGGAACCAGGACAAACAACAUCCAUACACACGGAAGAAGUCAAUGAGACGAAAUGCACGGAACAAAAAAAGGGCAACACAAUGACUACUAGACCUACGGACAGCCAGAAACCAGGACAAACAACAUCCGUACACACGGAAGAAGUCAAUGAGACGAAAUGCACGAAACAAAAAAAGGGCAACACAGUGACUACUAUAUCUACGGACAGCCAGGAACCAGGACAAACAACAUCCGUACACACGGAAGAAGUCGAUGAGACGAGUACCGAAACUAAAGAACAUAGCGACACUGCACAAGAGUACAAUUUACAAGAUGCAGCAGAAAAUAUGUUGAACAGUGAAUCAUCGGUUAUCGAUGAUAGUGACACUGACAAAGAUUAUAUUCCGGAAGAAGGCGAUGCUUCGUCAGAUGAGUCGGUAGCUGUUGACCCAAUACCAAACAUUCAAAGAUUCCUAAAGACGACAGCGUCAACACUACCUCCUGUUGAAUCCGUGCAAUCUCGGGAACGUGACGAAUCAUCUGCAGAGGCACACAAAAACAACAUCACCAUCGCUCAAACAAAUAACAGUGAAUACAGACAUUACGAUAAGAGAUUUUAUUGCAUGUUUUGCGAAAAGGCUCAAACAAAACUAAAAAAACAUUUGCUUUCGCAGCAUAAAGAUAAGCAAGAUGUGAAAGAUCUAUUAAAUACGGAAAAUUCAGCAGAAAAUAAAAAAAAUGAAUGAAAAAAUAAGGAACGUUGGGAACCAUCUCCAUAAUGUUAAAGUAUUGCGAGAUGGCCGAGGACAGCUGUUUGUGUCAUACAGACAACGUCACAAUCAACGCGUAGCUGCAGACAAGUAUGAACCUUGUCCUUACUGUUACGGGUAUUACCCGAAGAAAAUCCUGUGGAGGCACAAUAAAAAAUGUAAGUUUGCAAAUGCAGCGGGAUCAAGAAAACGACUCGCUUUAGAGAGCAGCCUGCUAUUACCAAAAUCAAAAAAAGGAAGCACUAUUUUAAGACGAGUAAUCGAGUCCAUGAGAAACGACGAAAUAAGUCGCAUAGUCAAAAGUGAUAAUACAAUCCUUGCAUUUGGUGAAAAACUCUGUACAAAAAGGGGCCAUGAUGAAGAGCAACACAAUUAUAUUAGACAGAAGUUAAGAGAAGUUGGUAGAUUGCUGAAAGACAUGCGAUCUUGUUCAGGCAAUGUUGAAAAGUCUUUGGAGAAUUUUAUGUAUCCAGAUGCUUUCAAAUUUAUUACACAAUCUUGCAAAAACGUUGCAGGCUUCGACGGAAACACCAAUACUUAUGCUACACCAUCAUUAGCCUUAAAGAUUGGCACAACGCUUCAGAAAUGUCUAAAAAUUCUAAUUUCGAAAGGAAUCGAAACAAACAAUCGGGAUCUGCAAACAAGGGCUGAGGAGCUUUCCAAACUAUUUGAAAUUAAUUGGACGGAUGACGUGUCUUCCAAUGCCUUAAGAACACGCCAUGAGACUAAGCAGAACAGUCAGAAAGGACUGUUGCCAUAGGCAAAUGAUGUCAAAGUAAUGUCUGAAUACUUACGACAUGAAGCAGAAAGACAUGCAAAUACCUUACAAGGAUCAGCAAGUGAUUGCGAGAAAAGGCAAGCAUGGCAUAAGUUGUCUGAAAUCUGCUUGUGCCAAACUAUUCUGUUUAAUCGAAGACGAUCAGGCGAGGUGUCAAAAAUGACAGUCGAAGAAUAUUCAAAAAACAAAUUGACAAAUGACGAUGGAGAAUUAGAUGGAUGUUUAACAAAACUGGAAAAAGACCUGUGUCGUUAUUUUUACCGUACAGAGAUUAUUGCAAAACGAGGUCGAAUAGCUGCAGUACUGUUUCCAAGACAGGUGAAAGAAAAUAUCGACCUACUCGUACGCAGCAGAAAUUCUCUAACAAACUGUUUCAAUAGUAAAUAUCUUUUCCCAACAAUAUCUGCAUCAUCGCAUAUUCGUGGGACAGAUGUAUUACGUUCGAUUGCAAUUGACUGUGGAGCUGAACAUCCGGAAAGGCUUCGUUCUACAAAGUUAAGGAAACAUAUUGCCACAAUGACUCAGCUUUUUAACUUGUCUGAAAAUGAAUUAGACAUUCUAGCUUAAUUUCUUGGUCACGCCAUUCGGGUACAUAGAGAAUUCUACAGAUUACCAGAUGGAACCAUGCAGGUUGCCAAAGUCAGCAAGCUGCUCAUGAUGAUGGAAAGUGGACAAAUUACCAGAAAUUCUGUCAAUUCGCUAGACGAUAUUGAUGUUGACGACGAAUGUAUUGAAGAUUUACACGACAGAUGAACUAUAUUCUUCUGAAUCAUCCGAAAAUGAAAAUACUGAAGACCUUGAAACUCUGCUUCCCAGCACCAGUCAACCAAAAUUAACAGACAAAGAAAAGGGUACUUCAAAUACCAGGAGAACAAAACAAGCAGCCAAAAAGCAAUGGAGUGAAAACGAAAAAGGAGCUGUUCACAGACACUUAGAUCGUUUUUUGAUAAUGGGUAAAUUACCAGGGAAAAAAGAAAUACUUGCAUGUAUUGAAAGUGAGAAUGACCUUCACAACAGAAGUUGGAAAAAUGUCAAAGACUUUUGCAGACAUUUAAUUAAAACAAAAAAACGACGGGGACUUUUAACUUAAAAAAAUAUUACAUAUUUAAUGCACGUUUAGGAGAAUACGUUAAAGAAUAAAGUUUUCACGUGUG